UGGAACCACCGACCAGACUGACACCGCCAGACACCGAAAAGUCAUCCAGAAACGUCACCAGAACCUCGUAAAAUACACGAAAAAUACGACAGGACCACGUGCUGCUGGAACUGCGGCAAAGCAGGCCACUCACACAAGGAAUGCCGGGGCAGGCAAGUACUGUUCUGUAGCCAAUGCGGAGUCCUCGGGAGACUUACGCGCAACUGCUGCAGAAGAGAAACCAAGUUCGGAGACACGAACAUAACCGCCGAAGAAAACCGACCGGAACAACGAAUGUUUGAAGAUGUAAAAAUAGGGAAAUUGACAUACCGAGCAUUAGUUGACACAGGCUCCACCAGAUCGUACAUCAGUAGAAACAUUUAUGAAGAGAAUUCGACAAACGCCGACACAGAAAAAGUCACAGGGAUGCGAGUAACCGUCGCAGAUGGCAGAGUCAUGGACGUGAAGCUCAGAAUAGACCCAGAAAUCGAGAUACGGCAGAGAAAAAUAACACACGAAUUCUUCGUGCUACCAGCUUAUUCACCGCCAAACCUAGUUAUCAUAGGGAUAGACCUACUAAGAAAAGCAGGAGCCACAAUAGUCUGGAACAACAAUACCGAAAAUACACCGAAAGUCACCGAAGUCGUCACAAAUGAUUCAACACCACCGAAUAAUAAUAUAAUCAACGGCCCAAUAAAGACAAAAUCCCGCAAGCAUAAGAAAAAACCUAAGCAACAACAUCCACCAAGAUACCCCGACACAGCUUCAAUCCAGGAAAGAAAAGGAUGGUUCGAGAGGAAAAUGACCGAAACCCAAAAAUCACCUGAAAAUGACCCAACAUUCACAAUCAAAAACGGCUCACUCCAUAAACGAAUUGUAAAUCCGAGGUACGGGGUCAAGAUCAAUUCACAAUCGCAGUGGAAAAUAUGCGUUCCGACAGUGAAAAGAAGGUCGAUUAUGGAGCAACACCUUAAUGAACCGACAACAACAGGCCACCAAAACACGGGAAAAAUCCUAAAAAGCAUUGCUGAAACAUAUUACUGGCCCGGGAUGUACAAAGAUGUUCUUCAUCAUAUGAAAAAGUACAAAGAACGACUAAAAUCAUCGUCAUCAAACUCGCUGCAACCAAAUUCCACCGAACCGAAGCAGUAAUAACCUACCGACGACGUCAUCACCCAUCGCCAGAUGUGCCUAGCCGCGGUACUCAUGCGAUGCCGAACGAACCGAUUAUUCCAAACCUACCCUCAAUCAUCAACAUAAUGAAGAUUGAAGACAAAUAGCCAUAAAAAGUUUAAACAUUUUUAUAUUUAUGACCUAGUCAUUCCGUACCGUACCGCAUAAAACUUUAUUAUGUAUAAUUUGUAAUUUAAUUAUAGAUAUACAACCGAAAAACCGCAAUCUAUAUUGAAAAUAUAGAAAUAGGUAAAAAUGUAAACGCAAAUGCACACAUUUUACACCGUCCGUCCGUAGUAUAAUAUAAUAUAAGUAAAUAAUAGACACACAGACAUGUUAAACUUAUAACAUCCACCUUUUUCCAUCCAAGUCACAAGUAAAAUUUAGACAAAACUUAGAAUAAAGAUUGUUAUAUUUUUGAACGCAGCCCAAUACGUUACUCUGUGAACGUACACAGGUUAGAAUUUUAGUUGUCAAGUCAAUGUCAAGUGUCAAACCGACCGAGUAAAUUUCAGCGCAAGGGCACAUGCCGUAUAAAUUUUAAUUUAUUUGAAAUGUAAACAAUUUAAAACCGUAAAGCUGAAACCGUAUACCUAAUGUAAUUAACAGGAAAAUGUAUAUCAGUACACAAUAAGUUAUAUACACAUAGCCUACAAUGUAAAAAUUCUUCUGCUGAGGGGGGAGAAUGUAACGAGCCGUUACAAACCAACCGUCCAACACACCUACCCUCACACCGCAGCCACAAGAGCGCCCGGCGUGUGCGAGACGAGGCGGGGCACCACACAGACGACUCCGGAGAAUACAAGGGGCGCGGGGCGACCCGCCUAUAAAUAGCCGCCGGACCGCCGCUAGAGCACCAUUCGCCACCUCCUAUUCCGACGAGUGAUCAUUCCGUUCCCGAGAUCCCUCCCCGCACCCGUAUCUAUUCAAGUAAUCUAUUCACGCACACUAAUCUCACAACACCGGUCUCCCCGCGAGGUAGGUUGCUCAACGGACCGAGGUCUCUCGGAUAUAUGGAUGCCUGGGGUGCCUAGUUUAAAGCAUCCGUAUACCCGACUAGACCCGACACAGUGGGCUGCCUAAUUAGCGGACCGAGGUCCCCCGGAUACGUACAUGGAUGCCUGGGUUGCCUAGUUUAAAGCAUCUGUGUAAGUACCGAACUAUACAAUCACCGAACACACACCGGCCUUCAGCCACAUUCUUGUCGACACAAAUACACUCCACAAACCCUGGAACAAGUCCACACGCACCACCGGUAUUCGCCCGACCUCCUGUACCCUGUAUCCUUCCCCUUAUUAAGAUAGGAACAUCCGCGUAGGCCCCUUCAGGGCCCGACCAAUAUAAAUAUCAAUAAUCGUGA